CGUGGCCAUGGCUCACAAAAAAGGCUCAAAACGACCUACUCCUGCAGUAAUCCUCUCAGAUUCUGAUAGUGAUUCGUCCUCCCAAUCAUCUGGAUCAGGAGAUGACUCAUCUUCAUCAGAUAUUGAAUCCAUUCCGUCUCCACAAAUCAAAGCCAAGCCUCGCAAGGAGGCUAGAAAACAUGCAAAAAAGGUAGCCAAAAAAGGCAAUCGGGGUGGUAGUCACGAAAGUAAUAGUAGGAGGGGAACGAGCCCGAGGGAUCAAUGCUUACAUAUUGCACGUUGGAUACCUCGUGGCAUCGACAUGUUCUGCAGUCUGAGGGAUGUAUUCUGCACUGCCAAUCUGGUGAGGCAAGAUGAGGCUCCACAAGACUUAUCCGAGCCAGAAGACGAAGCUGCUAAAAAGGAGCGCAAGGAGAUGCUCGCACAUCUGACUAAGGACGUCCAAGAGCAUCACAUGAAUACCUUUCAGAGGAUUGUUCUGUUGGCGCCACAUCUGGGUGUGCUUGCUAGAGGUAACAAGAAGCAACGAAGAGAACUAGAUAGGAUUCUUGCUGAGAUGCAAGAUAUCAUUGGUCAGAUUCGCUCUGAAGAUGCAAGUCAUCUCAAGCCCUUUAUAGGGCGUUAUGCAGCUGCUGACCCUGACAACAAUGGCUUGCAUCCUCCUAUCUACUCGGACCAUUCGAAGUCUCGUGCCAGGAUGGGCAUGAAUCACCCACAGCUUGCUGGUAUGCUCUGUCCAAUCAAGCACAUGAAAUCCUAUCAAGAAAAGCCAAGAAAAGUUCAAGCACAACUCCAAAAUGGCGAGAUCAAAGUUCAUGCAAGUGUUUGGCCGGCACUUGCUUAUGCCGGCGAUCCUCCGGGAAAAGACUUCGACCCCGAUAAUGUCCAGGAAGGAUUUUUGCAAGGCUAUCUCCUUAAAUGA